AUGGCCAAGUCCAAGCCGGCCGACCCGGUACAGGCAGCACGCAAGGCGGCACAGGCAAAGCAGGCCAAGCGCAACCGCGACGAGCGCGCAAAGGUCCGCGAGGCCGUCGUGCUCCGCAAGGAUCUUGCCCCGCUCAGAAACGACAUACGUGCCCUCGAACGCAAGCAAAACCGCACUCCCCAGGACCAGGCCGACCUCGAAGCACUGCGAGCAGAGGUCGACCGCAUCGACGCCAUCAAGAGAGACUACGUCGCAAAGCACCCCGAACAGCGCAAGCUCGUCGUCGGCUACGAAAAGGACCAAGAGGAGCUCAGGAUCGAACAAGGGCAAAAGCGGGCAGCGGCGGCAGCAGCGGCAGGUCCGGGGAUGGGCAUGGGCAAGGGCGGCGUCAGUGGGCGGGACCCCAGAUGGAGCAUCUACUACGACCCAACCUUCAACCCGUACGGCGCACCCCCGCCUGGUAUGCCCUACGCCGAAAAACCCUACCAGCAGCUGCUCGAAGAAGGUCUGAUCGAAGCCGGGCCCUCGACGGUGGCCGCAGAAACCCCGACUGCACCGAUCCCACUCGACCCACCGCCUGGCCAGGGCGGCGGCAGCAGCGACCCCAACGACAACGAAAGCGAUGACGAUAGCGACGACAAUAGCGUCGACGACAUCGUGCUUCCCGAAGGUCCCCCACCUCUUCCGCCGGGUCCACCGCCAUACCACCUCGCUCAGCAGGAUCGAGCAGAGGACAGCGACGACGACGACGAAGAUGAUGAUGAAGGCAUCGUCAUGCCAUCUGGUCCCCCGCCGCUGCUGCCUGGACCACCUCCACUUUCUUCCUCUUCAAUCCCGACUGGACCUCUGAGCGGCAAUCGUCCAGCUCGGCCGCCAUUGCUGCCGCCGCCCGUUCCGAUGCCGCGCAAGGCGGAGCACGACCGUCUCUCCAUCCUCCUCCUCCUCCUCCUCCUCCUCCUCCUCCUCCUCCUCCUCCUCCUCCUCCUCCUCAACGAGUCAUUUCAGCCGCACCGCAACUGCGAGACCUGA